GUUCUCCUGAAGUGAAAGUGUUUCUCUUUCAGCUGAGACGCCGUUAUGUUGCUGUUGGGAGAAAAUAAUAAUAAAACCUCCAACUCCAGGCGGAAGCGGUGAGAUUAAUGAAGCCCAGCAUGGAGUGCUGAGUAAAAGAGUGUAAUUCAUUCAGUCCAAGAGCUCAGCGUCUUCAGGAAUCAGCAGUGAGUCCAUGAGCUGUGUGUCCAUACACUAAUAUUCAAAAAUGGAGAGCCGUGAUCUGGACACAGAUAAUGUGACCCCACCCUCAGAAAAGCGUAAACUCCAGAUGAAGAGAUCAGACUCACCAGAACCCAGCUGUGUCUCCAUGAAGAGUGAUCGGUCUAUGGAUAUUCCUUGGCAUUUUAAACAUGGAAACCCCUCAUCUGUCCACAGUAAACUCCAGCUGAAGAGAUCAGACUCACCAGAACCCAGCUGUGUCUCCAUGAAGAGUGAUCGGUCUAUGGAUAUUCCUUGGCAUUUUAAACAUGGAAACCCUUCAUCUGUCCACAGUGAACUCCAGAUGAAGAGAUCAGACUCACCAGAACCCAGCUGUGUCUCCAUGAAGAGUGAUGCAUCUAUGGAUCCUCCAUUGCACUUUAACAGUGGAAACCCCUCAUCUGUCCACAGUGAUUUACAGAAGGCAGGAGACAGAAGAGAAAAGAUCUUCAUCACAGAUACAGGACACGCCCCAGAAUCUGCUGCUGGAAAUGAAGUCCAGAAGAAGUUCAAAUUAAAUCUGAUGAAGAAGUUUCAGUGUUUAAAUGAAGUGAUGAUAAAGCAGGAAAACCGAGUGCUCCUGAAUGAGAUCUACACAGAGCUCUACAUCACAGAGGGAGACAGUGGAGACGUCAAUAAAGAACAUGAGGUGAGACAGAUCGAGGCAGCGUCCAGGAGAAAAACAACAGAGGAAACACCAAUCAAAUGCAACGACAUCUUUAAGCCCUUAUCUGAAGAAGACAAACUCAUCAGAACUGUAGUGACAAAGGGAGUGGCUGGUAUCGGAAAAACAGUCUCUGUGCAGAAGUUUAUUGUGGACUGGGCUGAAGGGAAAGCAAAUCAGGACGUCCCCCUCAUAUUUCCACUUCCUUUCAGAGAGCUGAAUCUGAUGAAGGACCAAAAACUGAGUCUGAUGGAGCUCCUUCAUGCCUGUUUUAAGGAAACCAAAGAAACAGAAAUGUUCAGGUUGGAAAGGGUUCUGUUCAUUUUUGAUGGAUUGGACGAGUGUCGUUUCCCUCUGGAUUUCCAGAACACAGUGAGAGUGUGUGAUGUAACUGAAUCAGCAUCAGUGCGUGUGCUGCUGAUAAACCUGAUCAAAGGGAAUCUGCUUCCCUCUGCUUUCAUCUGGGUCACCUCCCGACCAGCAGCAGCUGAUCAAAUCCCCUCUGAGUAUGUCCACCGAGUCACAGAGGUACGAGGGUUCAAUGACCCACAGAAGGAGGAGUACUUCAGGAAGAGGGUCAGUGAUCAGAGCCUGGCCGAGAACAUCAUCACACACCUGAAGUCAUUAAGAAGUCUCUACAUCAUGUGUCACAUCCCAGUCUUCUGCUGGAUUUCAGCCACUGUUCUCGAGAGAAUGUUGGGUGAAGCAGAGAGUGGAGAGAUCCCCACGACUCUGACUCAAAUGUACACACACUUCCUCAUCAUUCAGACAAACAUCAUCAGAGGAAAGUACUCAAAGAAGCAGGGGAGUGAUGGAGAAAUGCUUCUCAAACUGGGAAAACUGGCUUUUGAGCAGCUGGAGAAAGGCAACCUGAUCUUCUAUGAGGAAGACCUGAGAGAGUGUGGCAUUGAUGUGACAGAAGCAGCAGUGUACUCAGGUGUGUGUACGCAGAUCUUCAGAGAGGAGGUUGGGCUUCACCAGAGUAAAGUGUACUGCUUUGUUCAUCUGAGUGUUCAGGAGCAUCUCGCAGCUCUGUAUGUUCAUCUGACCUUCAUGAAGGAAAAGAGAAAUGUUCUUGUUCCUAGUUGGUCCAGUUUUUUGCAUUUUCUGUCCUUUAAGACAAUUUCAGAUGUACACAGGAGUGCUGUAGAUCAGACCUUAAACAGUCAGACUGGGCAUCUGGAUCUGUUCCUCCGCUUUCUUCUGGGUCUCUCACUGAAGUCCAAUCAGAAACUCUUACAUACCUUGGUAACACAGACAGGAAGUAGCUCCCAGACAGGAAAGAGGAAAACAGUUCAGUACAUUAAGAAGAUGAUCAGUGAAAAUGUUCCUGCAGAAAAAUCCAUCAAUCUGUUCCACUGUCUGAAUGAACUGGGUGACGAUUCUCUAGUGGAGGAAAUCCAACGCUACCUGAAAUCUGGAAAACAAAGUGAACUCUCUGCUUCACAGUGGUCUGCUCUGGCGUUUGUGUUACUGACUUCAGCACAGGAGCUGGAGGAGUUUGACCUGAGUAAAUAUACCAGUACAGGGAAGAUACCAGAUGAGUUUCUUGUGAAGGUGAUGCCUGUGAUUGCAGCAUCCAGAAAAGCAAUGAUCAGUUGUGAUACGAUUAAAGGGAGAAGCGCUGAAGCUCUGGUCUCAGUGCUCAACUCAGAAACCUCCAGUCUGAGAGAACUGCAUCUGACUGUGAAGACACUGGAUCUGUCUCGGAAUAAACUAGAAGACACAGGAGUGACGCGUCUCUGUGCUCUACUGGAGAAUCCUCACUGUAAAGUGGAGACACUGAGGAUCAGUUGUGAUACAAUUAAAGGGGGAAGCGCUGAAGCUCUGGUCUCAGUGCUCAACUCAGAAACCUCCAGUCUGAGAGAACUGCAUCUGACUGUGAAGACACUGGAUCUGACUGGGAAUAAACUAGAAGACUCAGGAGUGAAGCGUCUCUGUGCUCUACUGGAGAAUCCUCACUGUAAAGUGGAGACACUGAGGUUGUGUGGUUGUGGUGUCUCAGAUGAAGGCUGUGCUGCUCUGAGUUCAGCUCUGAGAUCAAACCCCUCACACCUGAGACAACUGAAUCUGUCCUUUAAUAAUCUGGGAGACUCAGGAGUGAAGCGUCUCUGUGCUGUACUGGAGAAUCCUCACUGUAAACUGGAGAUACUGAGGUUGUGUGGUUGUGGUGUCUCAGAUGAAGGCUGUGCUGCUCUGAGUUCAGCUCUGAGAUCAAACCCCUCACACCUGAGAGUACUGAAUCUGUCUAAUAAUAAUCUGGGAGACUCAGGAGUGAAGCGUCUCUGUGCUGGACUGGAGAAUCCUCACUGUAAACUGGAGAAACUGGGGUUGCGGGGUUGUGGUGUCUCUGAUGAAGGCUGUGCUGCUCUGAGUUCAGCUCUGAGAUCAAACCCCUCACACCUGAGACAACUGGAUCUGAAUGAUAAUAAUCUGGGAGACUCAGGAGUGAAGUGUCUCUGUGCUGUACUGGAGAAUCCUCACUGUAAACUGGAGACACUGUGGUUGUGGGGUUGUGGUGUCUCAGAUGAAGGCUGUGCUGCUCUGAGUUCAGCUCUGAGAUCAAAUCCCUCACACCUGAGAUACCUGAAUCUGACUAAUAAUAAUCUGGGAGACUCAGGAGUGAAGUGUCUCUGUGCUGUACUGGAGAAUCCUCACUGUGAACUGGAGACACUGAGGUUGCGGGGUUGUGGUGUCUCAGAUGAAGGCUGUGCUGCUCUGAGUUCAGCUCUGAGAUCAAACCCCUCACACCUGAGAGACCUGCAUUUGAAUAAUAAUAAUCUGGGAGACUCAGGAGUGAAGCGUCUCUGUGCUGUACUGGAGAAUCCUCACUGUAAACUGGAGACACUGUGGUUGUGGGGUUGUGGUGUCUCAGAUGAAGGCUGUGCUGCUCUGAGUUCAGCUCUGAGAUCAAACCUCUCACACCUGAGACAACUGGAUCUGUCUGGGAAUAAAAUAGGAGACUCAGGAGAGAAGCUGCUCUCUGCUCUUAAGGAUGAUGAACAUUACAAACUACAGACACUCACUUUCAGGGUGUGAUGAACAUCUGUGUGUGAGAUGAAGACUCUGGUGUUCCUGCAUUUCCAUGUUGGGGAACAGACAGCACAUUCAUAAACACGUCAGUCAUUUAGUUCUAACAAAUGAAAGAGACUCGGAGACGUGGUCAGUGUGUGUUCAUGGUGCACAGUGAAUCAGACUGCACACAAUUCUACACUGAAUGUGGAACAACUUGGGAUCUGCAUGAAACUGCCUGGACCUCAGUCCCUUAAAAACCCUGAAAGAGCAGGUGAAAAAGCACAGGGACUCGAGCUGAACCCAGUCAGUGGAAGAGGGAGCUGAAAUGGACAGGAACAGUUUCAGGACAUUGGUGGGAUUCUCACCUGACAGGAUCGGCAUUUGGGGAGUUAAUCUGAGGAAGCCCCGAGGAGACUCACUACAAGGCACAUUUAUCACUUUGUCCUUUGGUUGGUAUUUAAUAUACACUCACUGAACACUUUAUUAGGAACACCUGGACAGCCCCACCUUGUUGAUGAGAGGGUUCACCGGAGAACGGCCAGACUGGUUUGAGCUGACAGAAAGGCUACAGUAACUCAGAUAACCACUCUGUACAAUUGUGGUGAGCAGAAAAGCAUCUCAAAAUGCACAACACACUGAACACUGAGGUGGAUGACCACGUCGGGUUCCACUUCUGUCAGCCAAGAACAGAAAGCUGAGGCUGCAGUGGGCACAGGAUCACCACAACUGGACAGGUGAAGAGUGAAAAAACGUAGCCUGGUCUGAUGAACCUCGAUUUCUGCUGAGGCUCACAGGUGGUGGCGUCAGAAUUUGGCACCAACAGCAUGAAUUAGUGUUCCUAAUAAUGUGCUCUGUGACUGUAGAUUAGAUCUUUUUGUUACAGGAUCAGACCAAAGCUGUUCUUUAUUUUCUUUGAUAUAUUUGAUCCUGAUUUUUUUUUCUGGUAUCAGCUGAUCAAACCCGAUAUGGGAUCAGUGCCAUCACUUUUACUUAAAUCUAAACUAAUUACAGUAUGUUACGUAAUUGUAUCAAAUACAUUUUGAAGAACUAGUGUAAUUAUUUUGUCAUUUAAAAAUUGUUUAUGCAUGUAAAAUUAUUUUUAUUGAAUUUUCAACUCAGUUGUUUAAUAAAUUCAUGUUUAAAAAUAAAAUAUAUAAGAGCU